AGAGAUUGCAAAAGGGAGAGAGGGAGAGAGACAAAGGAAGUGAGUGCAAGAGAGGAGACGGCUUAGCAUCCGAACUGAUUUCACUGUCAGAAAAGAGACCAAACUUUUACCACCAUGGUGGAUGUGAAGUGUCUGAGUGACGCUGAAUUACAGAAUGAACUUGGCAAGCUUGGAUUUUCACCCGGCCCAAUACUACCUUCCACCAGAAAAGUGUAUGAGAAAAAGUUAGUGCAAUUGUUGGUCUCAACUCCCUGCACACUGCCUGUGGUGAACGGACCCAGAGACCAGGACAGAGCUCAGGACGAUGAUGACAGUGAAGAGCUUAAUGCCACUAUCAUUUUGAAAGGAAAUAUCAUACUCUCAUCAGAAAAAAACAAGAGACCCCAAAAAACAGCCAACGCUUCCACCAGUAACCCAAAAGCCCUGGAUAUCGUCUGCCUGGAUUGUAAAAAUUCUGCAGGAAGAAGGUGUCCUGCAAGAGUGUCAGUCAGAUUCAGAGAACAGAGCAACAUCAGAGAGAAAGCCUGCUGCAUCAUAAAGAGAGGAGCUGGGAACAGGAACCUAGAAACGUUUCCAGUGGGCUUGAAGCUUGCUGUGUUUGGCAUCUUCAUCAUUGUGAUGCUUGUCUACAUAACUGUGGAAAGGAAGCCGCUCUUUGGCUAAGUGCUUUAGAAGCAGAGUAAUGAGCGCCUGCCUGAGUGUUGCUCCAAGCCCUCCUGCUUCAGGAAACAACAGAGGCUGCUCCUAAGAGGGGGAGCAGCCCCGCAGCCAGGAAGUCUUCCCUUGUUCUGUGCUGCUCGCAAGGAUCUGCAUCCGGGCUCAGCCAGGUGGGAGGAAUGAGGGGGAGAACCAGGCACUUGUGUCAAAAAGCUUGCUAGUAGGAAACCCCCCGAUCAGGUUGGCCAUCAUUAAAGGUACUUUCAAGUUUGUGCAGACCUCUUAAAAGGACACUGUGCCUGGCGUUUUUCUUUUUAAGCCAUGGAUCACAUUUUAUUCACUCUUCAAAUUGUACUGGGAAAGGCCACAACAGGUAAUUAAAUAAAAAAAAAAAAGGAAGUGCGGUUGGGUGAACACAGAGAACUGGCCAACAUCAUCAGUAAUGAAAGGAAAACAUUUGGAAUGAGAUGGCAUUUUUGCCAUUGAAACAGCAAGUUUUGAAAAACUGAAGGCCUGAUGAGGGAGCGAUGCCAAUGGCCCCUGGGAGCAGGCGGAGCUGGGUGGGAGCCUGAGCCCCUCCGUUUAUUGGCUUUGUGACCUUGGGUGAGUUAGUUGUCUUCUCUGAGCUUCAGUCCAACUUCUGAAAAUAGGGGUAAAAUAGACCUCUUAGGGUGAUGAAGAAUUCGAAGAGAUGAUGCAUGUGAAGUACUUAGUGUGGUCCACACCUGACUAGUAGUAAGCCCUCGAUAGAUGCUCAAUAAAUGUAUAAGCAGUGUUAC